GCCGAGACGAGGCACGGACGGCCUCGUUUCUCUCUCGUCCAGCGAGCCCCGGCCUCUCCCUCCCACCACCCAUCCGCGCUUGAAAGCCAGGCCGCCCACCACGCGGGGGCGCCAUGCCCAUCAUAUGCAACAAAUUAAACCAACGAGCGAGCGAGAGCAAUAAUCAGGCAGCCAGGCCAGCAUCCAUCGCCGCCGUCCAUGGCUCGACUCGGCACCGCCUCGCUCGUGGCCCUGGUGGCUUUGUGCGUGCUCUGCUGCGCGGCGUCCUCGGCGGCGGACCUCGGGGCGCUGCGGUCGUCGCCGUCGUGCGACCGGGCGCUGGGGCAGUGCGCGGUGGGGAGCGACGAGGAGGACGAGUUCGCGGCGGGGCUGGGCGGCGGCGAGGCGUCCCUGCGGCGGGCCAUGGCGCAGCGGCAGCCGACCAACCGGUACAUCAGCUACGCGGCGCUGCGCGCGGACCAGGUGCCCUGCAACCAGCGCGGCCGCUCCUACUACAGCAACUGCGCGUCGCAGCAGCCCGCCAACCCCUACCGCCGGGGUUGCUCCGCCAUCACCCGCUGCGCGCGCAACACCAACUGAUCUCAUCGUCAGGAGGAUCAAUCAUGCACGUCUGAGACUGAGAGAGGUCGAGGUCCUGAUCGAUGAUGACGACGAUGACUGCAUUAUUGAGUAAUUGUACGGUGCGAAUGAUGAUCGAGUAAUCAAGUAGCUCGAUUAUUAGGUCCCGUCCUAGCUUGCAGUCUGUGCUCCAAGUAGUUAUUGGGAUCAGUGCUUGUAUGAUCGAUCGACAAUGUACUCAUGGAAUAAGGAGGAUUCAAGAAAGGCCACGCUCAGCAAGAGUA